GACACUCGAUUCUCAAUUCUUGAUUUUCGAUUUCAAAUUUCGCUUCCAUCUCUCGAUUCCUAACUCGGCUGUCAACCCCAAAAAGUUGCGUUUGCGUUUUGAGUUUGAAUUUUGAAUUCAUAUAUGCGAUAAUAUACUAUACUAAACCAUGGGAUUCUGGUCGCGAAAAUCAUCUCCUCCCCCGCUACGCCAUCGAGAGGGCGUUAAAUCGAAACAUUACAACCCGGCGCCGAAGAAUGCGGCUUCGUCUUCUGCUUCUCCUCCUAAAUCCAAAUCGAAAGCCACAUUGAAACCCACAUCGCAAGAGAAGCCGAAAGAGAAACCGAAAGAGAAAUCCAAAUCAAGUCCCAGGCGUGGAAGAAUAAUCGUACAUUUCGUUCGUCAUGCCGAGGCCUACAACAACCUCCACACCCCGCACUCCCGAACCCUCACCGACCCACUCCUCACCCCCCUCGGCAAAUCCCAAUGCCACACCCUGCUUACCCAACUCACCCGUCUCAAACCCGUGCGCAUCCUCUGCUCCCCCCUCCGCCGCACUCUCCAAACCGCUCUUCUCUCCCUCCCCUCCCAAACCCGCAUCCCCAUCACCGUCGACCCCUUGCUGCGCGAGUACGGCUCCGUGCCGAACUGCACCGGGUCGCCGAUCAAGGAGCUCAGGAGGAGACAUGCGAAUGUGGGGAUGGUGGUGGAUUUCGAGGGGGUGCAAGAGGGGUGGGAGAGGAAUCGGGAGAGAGAUGGAAUGUGGGUGGAUGGGAGGUGGAGGAGGAGUCGCGAGCAGAGGGAGAGGGGGAGGAGGGUUUUAGAGAGGCUGUGGGAGGUGGGCUGGGAGGGGGUGCAGCAGGGGAAGGGAGAUGUGGAGAUUUUGGUUAUUUCGCACGGGGAGUUUUUGCAUGGUUUGACGGGGAAUUACUGGCACAACGCCGACAUCAUCUCCCUCACCAUGAUCAAAAGCAGCCGGGGCUACGAAUUUAUCGAUCCGCCGCUUCGGUAUGCGUACCAUUGAGUUAUCACAAACGACGAAUCAUUUCUGGAUUUUGAAAUCUAGGAAUUCGAAAUUCAAAACAAGAUUUCCACAAGGACACCCAUCGACCCGGACGGGCAUUGAAGUUUUCUGCAUCUUGCAUCUUACAUCUUACAUCCCGCGUUAGUAACAAUAACA